AGUAUUUAGCUCAUUGUUUGUUGCCGUACCGUUCGCUGCUCGACGCCCCACAGCCCGCCCCCUCUCACACCCACCACCAGCUGCAUCACUCCCUCUGCGCCCCUCUCGCACCCACCAGCACCUCCACCACCACCACCAGCUGCAGCGAGCAUGACCAAGCGUCCAUUCCCGGACGACGCUGAGGUCCUUCCUGGGCGCACCCGCACCGCCCAGCGCGUCCUUGACGGCCGUGAGCCGCUUGCAACGCACACCGCCGGUCCUGCAGCAGGCAGAGCGUAUGGUGAUCAAGCUAAAGAGUCUUCAGCAGGCGGCCGCAGACACCAGCUGUCGGUGCGGCGUACGGCGUUUCUGGCAGACGAUGGCCACCUGGGGAUGGGAUGGCGGGGCAAGCUUGCUCAGCUGGAAAGUGUGCGUGGGAGGGAGGGACCGAGAAUCUGCGGCUGCACCAGGAGGUCUUCGCGCCGUUGGUGUCGAUCGAGGAAGGGCUUCACAAGGCUCUGGGUCGUCCGCGCCUCAGGGAGCCCAGCCUGGUGGUCCUGUCCAAGACCAAGUGCCGCGAGGGGAUUCGAGCGACGGGCAAGGUGGGACGGGUCACGGCCAUCUGCAGCAGAAGGGCGGCGGUAUCGCUGUUCCACUUCCUCGUCAACCACUCAUUCCCUCCCAUCGCACGUCCAACCGGAGAUGAGCACUUCGACCGCAUCGAGAUGAUCACCAGCCCAACCACGAUGCGGCGAGUGCCAGCCGGUCCGCAGCGACGGGCUGUUCUUGGCGAUGACGCGAUCGUGCCCGACACGCCCCUGUGGGGUGUCUUCGCGUUCAGAGGGGCGGGGAUGACCAGCCUGGUGUCGCGGCUGCUCGGCUCCGAUCGGUGUGAGAACGGCCGGACCAUCAAGGGACGUACGGGUUUCGUCAACACGGUCAGCCUGACACACACACAUAGACGCAGCCACACAACACACAAUACACAAUACACAACACAUGGCCAUGACAUUGUCGCUUGUAUGUGUGUCAGCAUCGCCUCGUCGCGACCGAGGAUGCGCCCUUCUACCUCGUCAUCAGACCGCUCAGCCCGCGACCCAACGCCAUUCUCCAGGGCAUAUUCUCAUUCCAGACCACCACGGUGCAGGGCGGCGGCGGCGGUGUGGGUGGUGAUGUGGGUGGUGGUGUGGGUGGUGGUGUGGGUGGUGGCGAGGGUGGUGAUGACAUGCCCGCUGUGAAGGAGGAGGGGGAGGGCGAGAUGGAUGAGGAGGGCGGGGAGGGCGACAUGGGUGAGGAGGAGCCUGCCGGUGACGACGAGGAUGGAUUUGGCGACAAAGACGGUGAUGACCCGGAGGGCGAGCAAGACCUGGCUGGCUUCCUCGGAGAUGAUGACGAUGCUCGCGGCUUCAUGGGUGUGGGCGGAGGGGCGUACAGCAAUGAAGAAUUGGAGAAUUUGCAACGGGCAGGGAGGAGGGCUGUAUAGACAUGUUUGCGUGAAUCACGGACCGAUCGAUCGAAUGAUUCAGCUCAGCGAGUGGUGGACGAAUGGGCCAGAGCUGAAUGAAUGAAUGAAUGCAUGAAUGCAUGAAUGCAUGAAUGAACGAAUGAACGAAUGAACCGACCAAUCAAUCA